CUUGGCGACACCACAGUGACGUUGUCUCUGUGCCAACUCCGAAACAGACUGAAGGAUGUUUCAGGAGAAGCCUAUUACCCUCUACUGGAAGACGAACAGUCAAGUCUGCCCCAGUCCAACAGCAGCAAUGAGCUGUCGGCCACCGUCACGCUCCCUCAUCAUCCGAGAGAGAGACACUGAGUACCAGCUCAUCCGCAUCAUCCUCUUCGACAGGCUGCUCAAGGCUUAUCCUUACAAGAAGAACUCAGUGUGGAAAGAGGCCAGAGUGGAUAUUCCCCCGCUUGUUCGAGGUCUGGCAUGGGCAGCACUGCUUGGCAUAGACGGAGACAUUCAAGCCAUCGAGGUGGACAUCCCGCGCUGUCACCAGUAUGAUGAGCUGCUGUCGUCUCCUCAGGGCCACAUCAAGUUCAGGCGUGUGCUGAAAGCCUGGGUGGUCUCCCACCCUGACCUGGUCUACUGGCAGGGUUUGGAUUCACUGUGUGCCCCGUUCCUCUACUUAAACUUUAAUAAUGAAGCCCUGGCAUAUGCCUGCAUGUCUGCCUUCAUCCCCAAGUACUUGUACAACUUUUUCCUGAAGGACAACUCUCAUGUCAUUCAAGAGUACUUGACCGUCUUCUCCCAAAUGAUUGCCUUCCAUGACCCAAACUCAGCAACCAUCUAA